GAUAUAAAGGUCCAAUGUAAAUUUUCAAGAUUUCAAAGCGCUCGUCUCUAGAAUAUCACUCAACGUAAAUCCACUUCGUGUUACACUCCGUCGCCCGUCGCGUAUUCGUAACCAAACGAGCGAUCACGCGGCGUGAAAACCCCGAGAGUACAAAUUAUUGCACAGGCAUUAUCGUAUUAAGAAAUAUAUGAGCGUCGAUUGAAAUUGACAUCCAUUUGGCGGAGCGGUUCAGUGCAAGCUUGGCUUCGCCCCGCAGAGCUGCCCCGUGUUUUACCGCGAUCGUGAUUCGGGUUUGGUCUGAAUUUUGCACGAGUAGCUUGUUGCAUCUCGGCGAAAUCUCGGAGAUUUGCGAGUCGUGCGCGAACGACCAAGUGGCUGAUGUUUUUAAAUUCAGUGGAGAGUAGACGAUAUUUUUUGAGUACAAUACAAAUCACACAGUGCACAAAUUACAAAGUUAUCAUUAUUAUCACUGCUGUUGAAUCACAAAUGUUUCUUACUUUAUCUGCCUCGCGCGAAGUAAAUUCAACUGGAAAUCUACGACAAUAGAACAAACACAACAUAGUCAAAUUCAAGUGAGUGACUCGAGUCAGCUCGACAAUGUGUCGAGUACCAAUCGCGAGUUCCGUCACCAGACCAGACCAGUCUGUCUAGAAAUUAAUUGAUGACGAUCAAACUAUCACACCUGCGUCGAUGAAAGAACUAGGAAAGAAUAUGAUAGAGACGUGCAGAUACCAGUGUAAAUAUCGUGCACGUCAAUGGACGGAAAUUUUAAGCUUUAGUCGGAGCUAUAGACCGAACGAAACAAUGUCGUGGGAUAACUGGGAUGAAGAUUCUACGUGGAUUAUCUCGCAGGAAUUUCUACGUAAAGCUCCACCCUCAGAUGAGACCGGAGGGACCAGUGCGUUAGUGAACAGUACAAGCACCGUACUCUCCGACGAGAUGGACACGGUCGACAGUACCAACAAACGACAAGCUACACGUGUCUUCAAGAAGUCCAGCCUCAAUGGCAAGAUCACGGUCUACCUCGGCAAGAGAGACUUCGUCGAUCACAUCACGCACGUUGAUCCCAUCGACGGAGUCGUCCUGAUCGAUCCCGACUACGUAAAAGACCGGAAAGUGUUCGGCCAUGUUCUGGCGGCGUUCAAGUACGGGAGGGAGGAUUUGGAUGUCCUCGGACUGACAUUUCGUAAAGACCUCUAUCUGGCGGCGGAACAAAUUUAUCCCGUGCCGGGGUCUCAGCUGUCGCGACGGGAACUAACACGACUACAAGAGAGGCUGAUCAAGAAACUGGGCAGCAAUGCGUAUCCCUUUUACUUCGAGCUGCCACCUCACUGUCCCGCCUCGGUCACCCUGCAACCGGCGCCCUGCGACACGGGCAAGCCCUGCGGCGUCGACUACGAAUUGAAAGCGUUCGUAGGUGAGGCGCAGGACGACAAACCGCACAAACGGAAUUCGGUGAGGCUGGCCAUCAGGAAGAUCAUGUACGCGCCGUCGAAACAGGGCGAACAACCCUCGGUGGAGGUGAGCAAAGAGUUCAUGAUGUCCCCCAACAAGUUACAUCUGGAAGCUUCUCUCGAUAAGGAGCUCUACCACCACGGCGAGAAUAUAGCUGUGAACGUGCACAUAGCGAACAAUAGCAACCGAACUGUGAAAAAGAUAAAAGUGUCGGUUAGGCAGUUCGCGGACAUCUGCCUGUUCUCCACGGCGCAGUACAAGUGCACCGUCGCUGAGGCUGAGAGCGAUAUAGGGGUAGCGCCAGGAUUUACCCUGAGCAAGGUGUUUUCUCUGAGGCCGACGCUUGCCGACAACAAAGACAAGCGGGGCCUUGCACUAGAUGGUCAGCUUAAACACGAGGACACCAAUCUCGCGUCUAGCACAAUGGAGGGAUGCCCGGUGGGACCGGGCUUCACGCUCAGCAAGGUGUUCUCCCUGACACCCCUUCUGGCCAACAACAAAGAUAAAUGGGGGCUCGCCCUCGACGGCCAGCUCAAACACGAGGACACCAAUCUGGCGUCCAGCACCCUUGUGGUGGACCCGUCGCAACGUGAGAACCUCGGCAUAAUCGUCCAGUACAAAGUCAAAGUGAAACUUUGCCUCGGCGCCCUCGGGGGUGAGUUAGUCGCAGAACUGCCCUUCAUCCUGAUGCACCCGAAACCGGAAGAGGAGGAACCAGCGCCGUCCACGGCCCGACCAAGCCCUACGCACAAAACUGACAGCGGGGAAGUCCCUCUCGACGCGAACCUCAUUCAAUUGGACGCGGAGACUGACGGCGACGACGACAUCAUCUUUGAGGACUUCGCACGUCUGAGGCUGAAAGGCGAGACAGACGCUUGACCGUGUUCCGCUGACACCCUGAAGCGUCCCGACAUGUUCAACCGUCUGACCUUGACACCACCUCGUUGCGCACAAGACGGAAACCGCACGACAUCGCCGGUUGUGUCGAUAGCAACGGUGCCACAGCAACAAACUUGAACAACGGUUUAUUAUCGUUAUCGUCAAGCACAAAAUGUCGCCGACCUCUUUCCACCGUUUUUUCGGAAAGUUCCAAAAUUGCUCGAAAUGAUAACAGUUGGAUGCGGAAGAACGAAGAGGACGUUCAGAAACAAGUUGACAAAGAAUAAAGAAACACGAAGAGGUAUGAAAUGAGAGAGGAAAUUUCGAAGAAUUGCUUCAUAGACAAACACACGAUUUUGGAUUUCUCCGUAUUAGUUGGAGACGACACGCGGACCGAAAACCGGGAAGAGCUCGUCUCUAAGAAUCGCCAUUUUUACCAAUCAUCGAGAAUGACUAGAUUUACAAAGUUUAAAAAAAGAGAGAUUUCGCUUAAAUGAGUUUGUUUACUUUUUAGGAAACCGUUAUUUGUCGGACGAUUGCUGUAGAAAUUAACUGGGCAACAAUUAAUUGUGUCGUUGUCUCGUGACGCGUGUUUUAUUUGAUCGUUUUAUUUGACCAUCUCCUUUUCGUGAGAAAAGUAUGGCGAAUUGGUUGGCGUUCGCGAACUUUUCAUCAAAUGCCGACGACAUUUUACGCUUUGGCUCUGAAUGCGGCAUCCAAGACUGAUAUUAUCGUGGAGAACAUCCAAAAAUUCUAGCCAAUGAGACGUAUUUAUUGUAAAACUCUUGAUGCUAAAAGAAAGCUGCUGUUGCUGCUACGAGAAAGAAACUAUCAAAGAGAUUCGUAAAUUCGGCACCUCGGCACUACGUAUCUUUCCGUAAAGAAAAAAGAGAGAAGACAAAACGUCACAAACGGAAUUUGCGAUCAAUUCGACCAUUCGACGAGAUAAUCGAUCAUGAGUGAAUCGCGAGUUAAUUCAAUAAAUACGAACUAAUUAAUUAGAAGUAAACUACCAAGUAAUUCAAUAUCGAAUCGAUGCAAACUCGGGGACGAGAGUCUAUCUGGGACUACCUAACAGCCGCUUUUAGUGAGAUCACAGUCGUUUAUAAACACACGGCCAGUACACUGUCUUUAAGUUGCGUCAGCGCGUAAGGGAUAAACUUUUACCAGUCUUUCCUUUCAGUCGUCAGUUCUACUUUUACCAGUGCGGACGAGUGAAUGGGCGUAAGCUAAUAUCGUGCGGGCAACGAACGGCGCGAGGAACGCGAGUCCAACGCUUUUCUGUUCUCGAGAUAAUUUUGCAGGAUCGCGACACACUGCAAUGCGAAUAUAAUUUCAACACGAGCGAGAACACAAUUAAUCGCGCAACAGCUGGGAGCCGCGAAUUCGUCUGAUGCGAGACCCUUUAUAGGACGAAACCAAACGAGAAGACAGUCACGUGCUUUAGAUUUUUUCUCGUGCUUCCUCAGAGACGUUGAAUUGUUACAGGGAUAUGAUCGAAACGAUGAAAAAUGACAAGCCCCCAUCCCGAUAAACCUAUAAAGGGUUAAGACUCCGGACGGAGCCUGACUGGGAACGUUUAAAAACGCAAAAGAAUCCGACGAAACGCGGAGCGGCGACAGAGAAAAGCGCGGAGGAAAGGAAAAGAUAAAAUGGCGUUUCGAGAUGUCAAUUCGUAGAUGUAUUUAUGGAUAUAAUUUUUAGGAUUUAUAUAUCGGUAGCCUCGUAAGAUUCGUAAUGUUAAUCCGUUGCACCUCCCUCUCCUCCCUACAGCCGGUAAUUAAGUUAAGACACAGCGAGCACAGUUCAGUCGUAAGUAUCGUCUUCGGCCAAUAUAUCGAUUGUACUUUUUCUCAAGACUGCUCGUGAAUUCGAUUUGCACUCGCGUUCGCGACACGAUGUUAGUAAAUCUCGACUCGCCCGAAUUUUCAAUAUCGUUUAGCACUUCGAUACCGAUAUCGCCUAAUUGAAACUCGGGCACAAAGACUUUUGCUACAAGACGACGAAGAGUGUUACGAAGAUCAUCCGACAAACUACAUCGCUCGAAGACAAACGAUAUCACAGCGACAUUGCCUCGCGCGCGAUUAUAAUGUCGCCAUUUUUCCGAGAAUCCGUGAGAAAUCAUGCCCUCUCUCCAGCUAGCACCUCGGCGUCAGGAGAGCAGCUCGAGAGUGAGAGAGAGAGAGAGAGAGAGAGAGAGAGAGAGAGAGAGAGAGAGAGAGAGAGAACUGCAUUUUUAAUAAUUCUGAGAACGAGUAAUUAAAAACUGAACGGCUUUGACAUGCAGAUAUGAAUUGUCGUUAAAUCUCGAAGUACACGUGCAACGGAUUCUCGCAAAGAUGACGCGGCGAUCUGCCAUCAACUGUUAAUUUCCAAUUCUAAAGAAAGUCAAGUCAACGAUGAACGGUCCACGUUGGCAACGAAGUUUAAGUAACGGCGACAUAAUUACGAUGACGCAAUUUGCAGAGCUACGAAGAAAACUAUAAGCAGCAAUGUAUAUGUAUAUAAUAUACGGGAGACGAGAGAAAAUAGUAUUUUUUAUCACUUUAGCAUUUACAAACUGUAUUUAGAUGAGGUAAUCAAGCAUAAUAGAGCUCGGGUGUCUUCUCGACGCACGUUUGCGGGACAUUCGCAUCCCCGGAAACGCGCACCGAGGAAGCACGGGCGUGUUUCCCUUAUACCAAAGCCGACAUUUCCGCUUUUUCUUUCUUAAUGCUUCGCGAAAAAAAAAAGUAUUAAUAGCAAAUCGCGAGAGUGAAUUCCAUGUGAAGGGACUUGUCAUCCGCGAAUGAACAUAAAGUAUAUAGUAGAGUUUUUUUCUCGACGCGACAUGCACUUGUUGUUGAUUUGUUUCAUUAUUUUAGACAUUAUUUUUGUGCAUGUAAGUAAUAACCUUUUUUCUAAAUUAUUCAAAGAUAGUCACACACGGAUUUAUUCUGUUCUUGUGUUAUAUGUUGGUUUGAUAUAUUAACGAGGUGUCGUUAAAUUUCAUCCACUUUCUCUCUCUUUAUCGAGGUAUUAUUAUUAUUCUUCUUCUAUGUUACAUUAACCAACGGAUCGUACGUUUUUUCAAGGAGCUCCUGCACUUUUUGACUCGCUCUCGUGAGGAAAAACCGGAACAUGCAUGUUCAACGAACGUAGCUAUUAUUUAAUUAAGGGAAAAAAAGUUUUUGCGAUUGUGGUAAAUGUCGAGUGUCGACACUUCGAUUAUCGUUUUAAGCGUAAGCGACGUGUGUGAGUGUAUAUGUGCAGGCUUGUGUAUACAAUGAGAGUAUAUUUUAUAUUCGCCCGAGGGCGCGCGCAUAUUUUUUAUAUGAUCGCAACGGUAGGUCGUUAACGUUUUUAUUGUCACCCGAUAGAGCAAGAUACACAGAAAUGAUUAUGCCGCACAAAACUGGGAAAAGUAAUCCAAGUCAAUAAAGUGGUGCCGUCUCUGUAACUGUAAUAUCGAAAUCGUCUCCCUGCGACAUAAAAUCACGUCACAUACAAAGUGUCGCAAAAAGUAUAACGUGUAUCUUAUCUACCGUCGUAGGCUUUGAUUUUUAAAUUUUAGCAAGAUUUUAAGAUAUACAGGUCUUUAGUCUAGAAAAGAAAUAUAUCCAUUAAUCAAAUAAUAUUACAUUGAUAACUAUACGACUUGAAUUUUGACACAUUUAAUCGUUUUAAAAACUUGCUGAAAUUGUAUACCAUUUUCGUAAACUUAUAACAAAAAUUUGUAACUGAAGUUUCUGUAUACAUAAAUUACAUACUCGUGUUCAAACAUAUAAGUAAUUCCGUUACAAUAAAAGAAAAACUGAAUGAACCAGAUUCUUUUCUAUGCCAACUUGAAUUAUGAUUAUCUCGCUACUUAACGUAGAACGAGAAUGUAAAUAUUUAAUGUUGACAACUGAACGUUGAGACUCUAAUUUCGCUAAGAAAAAACGCACCAACGACACCUGAUUUCUUCUCGCGUACGAAGCUUGAACGCGACAAUUUUUGGGACACUCUGUAUCUAACGAAUUACAGUAUCACUGCGAUAAGAAAAGUAAACGAUUACGCUUCUUCAAUGUAAUAUACUUUGCACCGGACAGCUCACAUUUCUCUCAUUUAUUUCGUUUGUCCGAAGAAAAGAUUGUAUUUCCAUGCAAGUAGAAAGUCUUUAGAAUUAAGUGUAUCGCGAAACGCGGACGUGCUGUUAUCAGAAUGGUUGCAUCGUGCAACAUAGACCGAAGUAAAUAAUUGAUUACAUUGCGCAUAAUGGUGAACGACAUAUGUUAGGAACAUAUGUUAGGGAAGAAAUAAGAAGGUAAAGGAAAAAGCAAAGAGGAAAAUACUAGAGAGGAAGACAGGAAAAGAGAAAGAGAAAGAGAGAGAAAGAGAAAGAAAGAUUAUGCGCUCGCCUUGAGAGUGUGUAUUUGUAAUUAGCGUAAUCGAGUUGAUGUACAAGUGUCGUGGUUCAUUACAGCUAUUAGACGUGUAAAUCGUAAGAAAGAAGAGAAGGCCAUUAUUGCUACUUGUACAUUGCACUAGAGGACGAUUUAUUUAUUGAAGCCGCGCGUUAUUAGUUAGUAACACAAAGUCGUGUCGUUCAUGGUCGUUCGUUGUUCAUUCGUGAAUAAUCCGUUUUGUAUGUAAAAGAAAUUACAAGAGAACUAAUAAAGAAGGAAGCGUGAAAGAGAAAGUGAGUGAGAAUGAAUGAGUAAGAGUGAGAAGAAGAGAAGGAAGAAUGUGCGUGCGUGCGUGCGUGUGUGCGUGUGUGUGUGUGUGUGUGUUUGUGAGUGUAAAUGACAUAAAGUAAAUAAUGCAUAAUAUAUUGUAUAUGUAAAGAUCGUGUAUUCUCGUAUUGUAACUAUAUAGCUGUAAUAAUUUAAUAAAUCCUGUAUAUCGGAACUACAAAUA